AUGUCCAACUAUCACUUCUUCCCUAUGCAAUACGAACCCAUCGAAGGAGAAAACCUCAGAGUCAAGGUGGAUAUCGACCAUUCAACUUUUUCCAUCUACCUCAAGAAGUUGGACAUCACCCAGAUGUCCUUACACAAGUGUGUGGACUUCGCACAGACUCUCCUUGACGAUGUGACUCUUGAAGUCAGCCCUCAACAAGUUUUGGUCAAAGGCUCUCCCUCCUCUCAAACGACAAGUUUGGGAAGCGCUCCCAAACUACAUGGACAUGGACGAGGAAUCCGUUGA